UUGCCCAGCCAGGCCGGCAACCCUGGAAGAUGCUCACCCGGGCGCUGCUUACCCAUGUGCGCCCGGACUCCGCCACCACGUGGGCGUGGGUGUACAGCGACGCGCCUGCCCGGCUGGCGGCCGCGGUCGGCCACGUGCGGAGCGCGGGCGUGGAGCAGCAUCCGCCGCAGCCAGCCACUCAGCCGCCAGCGGCGCCGCCACAGUGGCGGGUUAGCCUGGACCAGCUGUGGGUGGCUAACGCUGCGGGGGCUGUGUCCUACGUCCACUACACAGGGCGGCUCUUGGAGCCUGGGCCUGGCGUGCUGCCCCCGGCGGUGGAUGGGGCGUGGCAGCCUGCCUGUGUGCUGCAGCAUCGCAAGCCGCGGCACCUGUGGACCUUUGAAGAGCGGGCGGCGUACGAUGCAGCAUCACCGGGGGAACGGGCGGGGGCGUGGCCUCGGGCGCUGUACUUUCUGGCGCCGGAGGCUGGGGUGGUGGUGCACCCGGAGCACUGCCGGAUUGCGGGUGUCAGCUUGGCGGACUACACGGUGCGGGACGUGCGGCGGGCCAUCACCGCGGCUAACCCGGCCGCACCACCGGCUCCGGCCCGCCCCGCAGCCAUGCCGUGCCCGGCGCCAGCACAGCAGGCGGGGGGUUCAGGGACCCAGCCGGCGGCACAGUCGCGGCUGGCGGAGCGGGAGGCGGAGUGGCAGCGUGCAGCGGCGCAGCUGACCACCACGGCGGCGCAGCAUUUCCACAAUAACCCAGUGGCUCUGGACCCCUGGCUCCACCGCACCUCCGCGGCAGCCGGGCAGCAGAACACGCCGGCGAGAGAACUGCAGUCGUAUGCGUCCCCGUCCCAGCAGUCGGGUGAGGGGCCGCGGCGGUCCGCGCGGCUGCAGGAGCAGGCGGCGGGCGGGGCGGGACCUAGCACGGGGCCUGCUACGGCGGCGGCGGCAGCAGCGGCGGCAGUGGAGGGCGUCCCUCGCAUGCCGCCCCCGGAUGCGUCCCUUCUGCGGGCUUAUGCGCAGGCGAGGACGUGGCUGCAGCAGCUGUGGGCCUGCGUUGCGCCCCAGGCAGCGGCGCCGCCAGUGACGGACGCGGGCUUCAUGCUGGGGGACCGCAUGGCUUCUCACCGCACAGCUCCAGGCGGCUAAGCUGGAGCACUUUGUUGCCAUCUGGUCGGCGGGUGGCGCGCUUUGUGAAGUGGAGGACGUUCAGGGUGGGUCACCGAAGUUGAACUUGCGGCUGACGCUUGCAUCACCUGUGCAGGCCCCCUAGGUUUCCUUUUGGGCGGCGCUUCUUUCCAGGCGCUGGCGUGGCGUAUUAUCGUCAUCAGCUGAUCUGGCGCCCAUGUGUUUUAGCUCUGGCUGGCGUCGCAGCGCCUGGGCGGCUGUGGGCCUUCCUGCACAGCGUGUCUUGCAGCGGGCUGGAGCCCGCUUGGUCAGCGCCACAUCUGGCCCGUUUAGUUUUCUGCUUGUGUCUCCUCUGCCGGUUCUCCUGGGGUGUUGAAAAAUAAUAAUAAUAAUAUCUACGCAGGGCACAGGUGCCCGCGUGUCUUAAGGAGGAGUGAGACAAGCUCACCCCACCAUUGGAAAACUUGAUUUCCCUACCCCGGCUCCCCUGCGCGGGGGCCGCCAUUGGCGGUCCCCUGGGUGCGGCCUCCCGGGCGGCAUCGGGUGUUGGCAAUGCCCAUCUCUCGCUCUAGCCGGUAGUACAGGUUUGCGGUGCCCUGGAGUGUGGUGACGCUAUGCAUGUGGAGACAUGUGCAGCAGGCCUUGGCUGCCUGCGGUUUGGCUCCUAGGUCUUUGAGGAGAGUUUCAAGGGUACGGGGGACAGUGCCACCGUGUCCCAGUGUAAUAACGUGCUUGGUAUCGUAGUGCACAGUCCACCCUGCAGCUCGCAUGGCAGUGGCAAGGGUGGCGUGCUGUGCUUGUUUUUGAAUGAGCUUCUCGCUGUGGUGCAGGUCAGAGGUGUAUCCAACUUCAAGGAUGUACACUGGGUAGGCCCCUUUGUUGGCUGGUGGGGAUGUCAUGAAGCGUUCUGCUUCGGACCGGGGAAGGUUCGGGAUAAACAGAAUGUCAGGCCGCAUCCUGUUGAGGUCUGCAGCGGGCACUUGCGGGCAGAGCCAUGACGGCGGCCGCAUGCCCGCACAGUACUCAGGCAGUUCAGCUCGGGAGGUGGCAUCCAUUAUCAUGUAGCCACCACCGUUGUGACCAUGGUGUAGGCAUUCGGCAAUCGUCCGCACUGCAGUGUUGUGUUUGGCUAUCCUAGCGCCAACGAGUUGGGGGUGCGCGCAGUGGCCGGCAAGGUGACCUGCGGUGCCACGCUCUGGGUCAGAUCCGCGGCUGCGCUGGGUGUGGGCACAGAGACCACAUUUGUCGCUGUCUCGUAGUUUAAACAAAGCCAGCCGGGCCGGGCAGAUGAGGCCUCCCUGACGAGCAUUCUGUAUGAACCGGCGUAGGCCGUGGCUGGCGUCCGAGUUCGUCAUGUACGCGUUACUGGCGCGUGGGUCAAGGCUGGGUGCUGCCUCGGCCCAUUUCUCAGUGUACAGGGUUUUGUUGGCGUAUCCACCACGGCAGCUGGGGGCCAUUGCCCUGGUGAGGCCCCGGUUUAGGUCCGACACGUAGUGCGUGGCUGUGCUAUCGUCAUCCCUGGUGACCGUGAAGGUCGGCCACCAGUGCCGGGCGUGCGGGUCGUUGUCGGCCGGUUCGGAUACAUCGGCGGGUUUUUCCUGGGUGGCGACGGCAGCCGCCCCUUUAUCGGCUUCCUCGUUGCCGUGUAGCCCGGUGUGCGAGAUCACUUUAAUCA